AUGAAUCAUGAUUCGACAGCAUUUGUUGGAUGUGACCAAGACAAGGUAAAACGACCGAACUACCACAUACACUACACUAUUGGCUUACUGUAGCCAUGGAUAAUUAUAAAAAUGGAUAGGGAACAGCUGACGUGACCAGACGUGACCAGUGAACUCUACAAAUACUGGAACGAUAUAACUCCAUGUAAACUGCCUUAUAUGAUUGGGUGAAGCUAAGGUGGCGGCCUAUAGAGUGCUCUCUUAUAAGUAUAAAACACGCAUGUCUUAAUUGACUAAGGUUUUCUUUUCGAUGUUUUUCAACUUUUUGCACAUAAACGUCCAUUUCAAUGGUAAAUACCAAACCUAAAAGCUAAAAAUUAAACGCAAAGGUAAGAUGAUGCAACAGCAGUCCAUAUUUAUUUAUCAUGUGUUCAGUUCAACCACUUCGUAAAUAGUCCAGAAAAACAAACCAUUGCUGGUGUGGUUUCUCCGCGGGGUUUUUUCUGAACUUGCAUGGUUUUCAUUCUUUUUUAUGAUGAAGUGUUUCCAAAACGUGGUUAUUCUGACAUACCACUUGCUCUAGUUUUUCAGGGCUAUAUGGUAAAAGCCGGACUUCAGAAAUAGUUGGCCAAAAAAUUACGAGAUUUCUAUACGUGAAAUAAUGCCGAUUUUUCGUACUGAAUUCCGUAAACUUCCGCGUAGGAACCUAGGACAUACUUACAAGACUCUCUCCUCCGCAGAAGCUUUAGUUUUCUUAGGUUUUAAUAUUACGUUGAGAUACAUUUCACUACGCUUUACAUGGCGGAUCUUGAAACACGAGCGUAGCCGCUGGGCGAAGGAGCGCAGAAAAACAGCCGAAGUUAUCGUUCCAGUUUUUGUAGCGUUGACUGGGCGUGAUCAAUUUGGAAUUCAUGAUGUCACGAAUCGUAGACAGUAAAAUGCGCGACAAAUUUUAAUUCUAUCAAAAGUAGUUUUGGUGACGCCAAUUUCGCGAUUACAAAAGUAAAAAUCUUAUUAAAAAUGUUUGAUAUGUUCCCUAAGAAUGACCAACAAUAUCUAGAUAUUCCAUUGUAGAGUGGCAUGGUUGUAUACUUACGGGUUUUUUUACUGAAAUGUUUAGUUGUAUUAUUGCUUAACGUGGCAUUAUUUUGGAUUUGGUGAUGCCAUCCACGCUGAAAACAUCAUGCGUGAUGAUGAGUUUCCUAUCCAGUGUUUUUAUGAUGGAUGUUGAGCUAAUUUUCUAGUAAGUAAUGGAUUAAUUUUUGCCGAAAUAGAUGCUCCAAUUUCUUAAGGAACAUAUCAAAAAUUGCAUUCAUAUUAAUUAUGCAAUUUAUAUUUUGAUACUUUUGUCCUUGUAGUGUUGUGCAUGUUUUGGUCCGAAAGGUGGAAGACAAAACUACUGUGGUCCUAAAUGUACUGCAAUUAAUGGAGGAACAGUGAUGAAAAAAGCCUUCGUCUGGUUUUGGGUGCGACCUAGAAUGCCUCAACGUCUGCAGGAAAUAUUGAAAAAUAUUUUAUUGAUCCACAAACCGGCACGGAACAUAAGGUAAGAAAGAUGUUACACUAGCAGUUGAUAUUUAAAGAAGAAAUAAUAUAUCAAACAUGAAAAGGAGACGUCGAAAAUAGCAGUUAAAUGUGACACUGUUAAUUAAGAAACUAAAUAUUAUUUGUAAAUAUUGUUUCAGUGUAAUAUUGUUGUUAACAUUGUUUGUAAAAUAUUGUAAUUUGUAUAUAUGUAUUAAAAUAUUAUAUCUAAUACGAGAAACUUAGCUUAUUGGGUAUAGUAUGGACUUCGAUAAUCGUUAAUUUUAUAAAAAUAUUAUAUCCUCUUUAGGAGUCAUGUUCCAAACAGUUCAGUACAUUUUUAAAUGAAGGCGUGAGUAUAUCUGGUAUUCUACAUACUAAUAACAUACCCGGAAAUAUUCAACUGAAAUAGGGAAAUAUCAUUGGGCACAAAUAUUUAAUUAAUAAAGAAUCAAUCAAUCAAUCAAUCAAUCCCUUAUUUGAUGUAAUAUUUCAAAUCUGACAAAGUCAAUGAGGACUGGACUAGAUUUCAAGUCCGCGCAAUUGAUCAAGUCCGAGGCGAAACCGAUGUAAUGUAUUUCUCGUGAAACCGAGUAAGGAUUGAAUGCAAAAGUAACCUUUGAUUUAAGAUAAUUUUAAUAACGACUAUUUCAAGAUGAACUCUCUCUACACAUGUUCCCUCCUGCGCAUGCGUGUCUCUGUCCUUAAUAUACACAGUACUUCAUAUAAUCAAUAUAUAACAGCCGAGGACUGAAUCAAAAUGUGAGGACUUGAAAUCUAGUCCAGUCCGAAUUGGAGGAUUUGAAACUGAAUUGAUUUUGUUGGCUUAGGACUUCUCUGCUGAUAGAGGUCGCUAUUUGUGAAGGAAAGCGAAGGAGAAGAGACCUUUGCCUAGAUCUGAAACUUCCUCAGUCCAUGAUCGUGGACGAGUCACACCAGUUUGUAAAACAAGUUCUGAAACCGGUUUUGGGAAACAAAUAGUACGCAUGCUCAGAACUGAAUUACGCUGUAAUGACAUUGAGCCCGUAUGUCAAAAUAUCAAAAUGUCAAAAUGUCAUUUCGAGGUUUUUCAAGUUGGUUGAAUGUGCUCUAAGUUAUGUAAUUGACAUUUUCAAAGUUGAAACUGUGAAAGCAGUGACAGAAGACAAAAGAAAGCAAUCUGUUCUGUUUUAUCGGGCCGAUAUACAUUUGUUUGCCUUCAAACUACGGUAAGUUUUUGAUUUAGCAAGUUGCUCCCGUAAAAACCGGCUUGAUACCACGUGGUGAACGUCACUCGAUGUUAUGGCAACCCCUGCGCAUGCACGACAGAAAACGUGUCGGAUCUAGGCAGAGGUCUCUUCUCCUUCGCUUUCCUUCACAAAUAGAGACCUCUGUCAGCAGGGAAUCCUAGGACUGGAUCAGUAUACAUCACCAGGUAUCUAAUGUGAGCAAAAUAAAGCAAAUGGUUGGCUAACUUACUCAUGAAUUAUUAACGAGUUUGAGAUCUUUAUUUAAUAGCAAGAAGGGCAUUGCCAAGUUUUAAUUUUUUUCAGACCUUGACAGCGUCUGACAAGAAAAGCUUAGAAAAGAUCCCAAACGUGCCUGGUCUUCUCUCGUAUCGUGAAGACAAUAAACAACUUUACGUCAAUCAAGGGUCAAAGUGGCAGGCUUUGAGUAAUGAGCAAGAGGUUAGCUUACUGAUAUCCUAGAUCUUAACUAUAUAUGAAGUGUUUGGUAUAAUGAUGGUGUCUUCGCGAGUAUUGCGCUGAAAUUUUAUUAUGGAUUAGAGUUAAUUAAAACGUUAUGCAGUGACAUGCAAAUUUAGCUAAAAUAUAUAUUAUAGGUAAAUGCUAUACAAACUAUCCUGACAAAUUUUCUUAACCUAUUUCAGUAACCUAUUUCAACUAAAACAUGACUUUGUGCGCACGUUAUACGCCUUAAGUUUAGACGUUCCUUCCUUAAAACUUCAAAUAAUAUUAUAAGAAGUUGUAUCCGUGCAUGCAUUUGCGCGUGUAUGUAAAUUCUUACUGUACUAUUUGCAGGUUCUCCAGCUAAAUAGAGUCCUCAAGUUAGACGUGGAAUUUUUGAAAAAGAAAAUAAACAGCAACUCAGCCGUUGUUAACGGGCAAUUAACUAAUUUAAAAAAGAAAAUUGUUAGUCAAGAGAAAGCCAUUAGAAAUCAAGGAAAACAACUUGAGGAACAGAAUAAUACAAUAGAAAAAGACCGAAACAAAAUUGAAAUUUUUGAAAACAAGACACGAGUUCUGGAAAAGGAAAUCCAAAUUCUCAAAAACAAAACGCGAAGUCAAGAAAACGAAAUCCAGGUUCAGAAAAUAGAAACAAAGAAACAAGAAGACAAGUAUAAAGGUAUUGAAUUGAAAUAACGAACUCUGUUUUACCCAUGCAUCCAUACAAUCAUAAACAAAUAUUGAAUCUUUGGAGUUAUGGUGCAGAUAAAUAAAUAUUUGUGCAUACUAAAUGCGUGGACAUAAAUUCUGAUACUUGGACCUUUGAUUAAACAUAUAACAAAUUUCUCGCCCAUGAACUCAAAAUGCGUUUUAAACUUUUAAAUUUCGCGCGCAAGCUAUUUUUAAUACUACUAAAAAAGGCGUCACACCUGCUCUGGAAAAUUUAUCUUUACGAAAAUUUUUUGUUUAUUCUACACUAUACUGUAUAAGUACCCAAACAAUCUAUUUUAAUUGAACAUUUCAUGAAAUGAACGGAUUUGUGAAAUUGAGAGCCGUUUCAAAAUUGUUUACUUUUUUUAUACAUCUUGUAUUCGCUAGAAUUUGUUAUUAGAUAUCAUAUGCGCAGUAAAACUGAGAAAUCACUUUAUUAAUUGUGUUGAAAUUUUAGAAAUGAAUGCUUAGAAAAAUUUACUUUUGGGUAUCCGGCAAAUUAUAGGCAGAAACGUUUUGAAUGUCGGAACAUUAAUUAAUGAUCCUGUUCUCUAAUAAAAGUUUUCAAAUAGGCAGGUUUCAAUCUGCAAUAUUAUACAGAUAUUCUUAAAUAUACAUAUUAUUUAUAUUAUAGAUAUUCUUAAACGCAUGGAUAUAUUACACCCACCAGUUUCCUGUUCGAUCUUGAAAAAGAAAAUACCUUCAACAAUAAGUGGAAAAUACUAUAUAAACCCUAAAGCCCAGAGUUCAAGUAUGACAGUUCAAGUUUACUGUGAUAUGACUGAUAAAAACGGCGUUGGUGUAACGGAGAUUGGGCAUGACAGUGAAUCAAGCAUCAAGGUAACACUGGAAAUACAAGCAUGCAGCAACACUUCGACUUGCACCGUAUAUAUCGCUCUUCCCGCGCAGGCAAAGCGACCGUAACAAAAAACUGUCUCGUUUGUAAAUUUUCCUUGGUUUAUUAAUAACUAAACAGUAUCCCUAACUUUAACUCAAACUCUUCAUCUAAAAAGCACAUUUAGUUAUAAAAUCCCGUUAACUUUCCUCUCUUUGGUUUUGUUCCACAGCGGUUUAUUUUCCGAUUUAUCUAUACUGCACUGUAAAAAUAAUCUAAAGAGAAUAUCAUUACAUAGGUGGAUGGCUAUGAAGCCGCUGGAAGAUACAGCAGAAAAAUCAAGUACGACACCACCAUGGAUCAGAUUGUUGCAAUUAUUUCCGGAUCCAAAAAUUGCGAACAGUUUGUUAAAUAUAAAUGUUACAACGCCGGUUUUUGGUUUGGUGGUCCAACCUCUCGGUGGGUGUCUCGAACAGGAUCUCGAAUGAGAAAUUGGGGAGGCGCAAAAUCCAACAGUAGAAAAUGUGCAUGCGGAGUAACCAGCAGUUGUAUAGAUCGAAGCGUAGGAUGUAACUGCGAUCAGAAUAACAAUGUCUGGACUGAAGACAGUGGAUAUCUGAUAGACAAGAGCACACUGCCAGUGACGGAGCUGAGGUUUGGAGAUACUAGUACUUUCUCUGGAAACAAUGAGAUCGGCUACCACACAAUUGGAAAACUACGAUGCUGGGCUUAG